AUCGAUAUGGAAGUCUUCAACCAGAUAGUCGAGCUGAAUGAUGAGGAUGAUGGGGACAGCUCAUUUCUAUCAGGGAUGAUCUCCGACUAUCUUGCGCAGGUCGAUUCCACAUUUAAUGAGAUGGAUAAGGCCAUGGAGACCAAAGACUUGAAGAAAAUAUCAGACCUGGGUCACUUUCUGAAGGGCUCGUCAGCCGCACUGGGCGUGAAGCAUGUUUCAUUAACUUGCGAGAAGAUACAGAAUAUGGCCAAGGGUACACCUGGAGACAAGACCGUUGAAGAAGUGACUUCGCUACUAAAACGCGUCAAAGAGGAAUACGGUGCAGCAAAGAUUUGGUUACUGGAGUAUCGGCCGACAUGA